GCUUGCAGCGAGAUCAAGCACGGAUGGAGACCCUCAGGAGGGUGCUGGUGUAUCUCUCCAAAGAGAACAGCUACCCAAAGCAGGCCAGAUUCCAGCAGAGCAUUGUUGGUCACUUCUGUGCAACGCAUGAAGACAGCUGCGUGGUGAAUUGCGGCAUGGAUCAACACCGGUUCCUCAUUUCUGACAGGGAGUUCCCUGGCUCAACCACAGUCCUCCUGCAGAGGCCUUCCUUCUGCCCCAUCAAGCACUUGAGCACUGCACAAGCCGUCUCCCUCUCCGCAGAGACCCGCGAUCGCGGCGUGGACGUGGGCGUGGCCGUCCUCUUGCAGUCUGCUGGCCGGAAGGUUUUGCUGACACGACGGUCCAUGAAUAUGACCAUCUUCCCCAAUGUUUGGGUCCCUCCAGGUGGUCACGUCGAACCGGAUGAGCAGUUGCUGGAUGCGGGACUGAGGGAACUGCGUGAGGAGACGGGCUUGGGGCUGCCGGAUGGGGCCUUCUCCUGGCACACGCUGGCCCUGUGGGAGUCUGUGUAUCCUCCGAUGCUGAGCCGUGGUUUACCGAAACGCCACCACGUCGUCGUCUACCUCCUGUUGCGUUCGCAUGAGAGUCAGCAGCAGCUGCAGGUGAGGCUUAAGCCAGACGAAGCGGAAGUGAGCGCGUACACCUGGCUGGAACCGCCCGUCCUGGCAGCGAUUGCAGCGACAGAGGACGGCGCUGCAGGAGGAGCCCGGCGGGUCGCUGGUGGGCUUCCGGCGACCAUCAGCGUCACCGAACUAGACAACGGCUCAGCCAAGAACGUGGCGAUUCCCGCGGCCACCUUCCUCAACACCGCUCCAGCUCAAGGGGAGGACGUGGAACGGGUCAGCACGGGGACGAAAUUCGCCCUUCGCCUCUGGCUCGAGGCCUUGGCGGCCCAAACCACGUGAGCAAAUCGGCCCACGGAGCAUUAAGGAACGUGGGAAUGUCUGCCACAUGAUGCGUUGGGCCACGCUGGUCCUUUCCCCCCUUCUCUCCCAGUUGCUCUCCCCCACCCCCUCUUCGUGUCGUGUCUUUUAGAUUGAGGCGCAGAGACUUUGUAAGCCCUUCUGGGAGCCUUUUAAACUUCUGCAAAUAAAUAAAGGGCACGUCAGGAGAAAGGUCCGAAGAUGAGCCUCGAUGGAUUGGAACGAAGAUCCCGCUAAUCCGACCUUCCUGAACCAUGGGCCCACCAAAUGUGUUGGACUACAACGCCCAACAUUCCCCAGCCAUGAUAGAUGGGGGUGAUGGGAGCUGUUGUCAAACACAC